AAUUUCAGGUUUAUAAAAAUGCAUUUUUCAAGUUAAUUUAGGCUUAUAAAGGAGAGAUUCAUCUUCAAAAACAGCAACGAAAGUCAAAGGAUUAUAAUUUGCCAGGUUAAAUUCGAUCAACGACACAAGCAAACUUCGCUAGCUGUCAGGGGUCGUAGCUACUAGCUUGUUGUUAUUGUCUGUCAGAAUGGCGGACAGAAAUCUUGUGCAGGAGUUGAAGCGUUGGGCGACAGAGGAGUUCAAUCUGCCCCCGGACAGCCUGCCAAAUGACAGCUAUUUUAAAACGCUCUGUGUUGGGACGGGGAAGUCAAUAUGGAAAUAUGUCAUCCAACACGUUUUCCAACAGAGGAACGUGAGGAUCAUGCGUGGCAAUCUUCAGUGGUACAAAGUUCUUCAAGACAAAGAGGUGAAGCAGGCUGAGGACCAGAGUGAGGCUGCUAAGCAGAGAGAGCUACAGAGGAAGAUAGAGCAGCUGAGAGCUGAGAUCAGUCACCUGGACUCUCAGAUCAGUGGAACAGAGGAACAAUUGGCCACACAAGAGCAGUCUAUCAGUCGUACCUGGAGCCAGGUGGAGGAAAGCCAGCGCAGAGAGCUGCUUCUCCAGGCCUUCAGGCAGCGCUGCAUCUUGGGCUCCAAGAUGUUAUCUGACGAUACACAAAAGAUCAGGGGGCACUGCCAGGCACUGGAACAGAUGGCCAGGAAAGCAGAGGUAGAAGUUCUGUUCGAUGAUAAGUCUUCAAGCGGCAAUGAUGGUGACAACCUCAACUCCAAAACCACAACAGAGGCGCAGGUCCUGCGUGAAGUGAGAGAGCUGUGUGAAGCCAGGGUCCACUUCUAUCAGUCUUUACAAGAAAGUGAACUGAAAACGGCGCAAUCUGCAGCCAAACGUAUGACUCGUGAGCAGAGGACUGCCAUGUUUCAGUACUGGUUGAGUGCUGUGGAGAACCUGUUGGGUGAUUAUCCUCCAAACCAUGUCCUCUCAGCAUUACAAUAUUUAGCUUCCAGAGAACAGAAGGAACUAGAGAACAAACUGGCUUCUGUGGAUGUGACCCACGAUGUGACAGCUCUGCGGUUCCGCUAUGAAAGCAAUCACCUGCUGGACAUGUCAGCAGAAGAGGAUAAUGAGUUGCCACCGGUUAAGACCCUCUUACAGGCUGCCUGGGAAGAGGUGGAGCAGAGUUUGGUGGAACUGGCUCAGACUCGCUCCAGAGUCCAGCAGCUCAAAAACCAGCUGCUGGCCCGCAAGAAGGAGGCUCAGCAGGAGGUGUCUGGUAUUGCAGAUGAACUCCAUAAUGACACCUUGGCACAGUCAGCGCUAGAGCUGGAACUCCAGUGUGUGAUGCAGGCAGCAGCCAGAGAUCACAUCAGAGACCGGUGUAUACAGCUGGACCAACAUGCCAGAAGCCGACAGGAGGCACUGAGAAACCUCCGCAGCCAGUGGCAGAGCAUCCUGGACUUCAGGCAGCUAGUGGUUCUCAGACAGGAGCAGAUCAGAGGUCUGAUUAAGGGGAACUCCAUGGCCAAGACAGAGCUGAUCCAUCUACACAGACAGUUACAGGAAUUCAUCCAGGGUAAGUUGGUGCCACAGUUUGAAGAUGUCACCACCGCAGCAAACGGACUAAGGAACUCUAUUUCUAAGGAGGCCAGACAGUUUGGAGUGGUUUCGCUUCUCACUCUGGACCGCAGGACUGUUGAAGGAACUCAAAGGAUCCCUGCAUCGUGGUUGUCCAUCCAUCGCUUGCAGUCUUCAACCUUCAGCAGAAUGUGUCAGAGCCUGGCUUUCCCACUGUACAAGGCUCCAGAGGAGUUGUGUUUCCAGGCGCGUUCCCAGCAGCUUGAGUUACGUUUUCUCCGUCAGUUACUUCAACUUCAGUCUACUGCUCUGCAGAAACUACAGAAGGAAGCCAAAAUGCUGCAUGCAUCUGAUCAAAAAGCCUUGCUUUCCAGAGUCGUGGAGGAGGAUCGGAAGCUUCUAAAGUCUCUCGUCCCAAGAGUCAGAGGCCUCACCAAAUGUUGUGCUCAGGGCCUCUCUUAUGGGGACCAAGUCAAAACUGCCAUCUCUUACUGGUGGGAUCAACCAGUCCAGCAUGUCCUCCCUGAUGUCAAUAGAGGAGGACUGACUUUUCAGCAGUGGCUACAAAGAUGGAAACUAGCUGCCAACGCCUGUUAAGGGACACCUCAUAGUUUGAAAAUAUAAAGGAGAUCCCGCUCAGCACCUUUCAGUGGCAAAAUGUCCAUGAUAUAGUUAAGGAUUGAUUACCAACCAAGCAAAGUGGGCAACUGCCUGGGGGCCCCAGACCAUGAGGCCACUGUUUCAUCCAUUUUUACUGGUUUGGCAGUUUGAUUAGUUACAAAUGUGUUAUUUGCAUCACUAUUCCUUUAGUUCAUUAUUAGCUAAUUGUCUGGUCCUGUCUUGUGGUGGUGCCCUGGGAUAAAAAUUUGUAACACAUUAAUUAUUUUAGUUUAUAUUGUCCUCAAGAGGACCACAUUCCCAAAUAAAGAUGUGUUUAAUCUAAUCACAAACUGAGACUGUAAGUAUUUCAGCUUGGGAGAUUUGGUUGCACAGAUCUUAAUAGAGACAGCAAGGCACAUGCUCAGAGGGUGGUAGGUGGGGGUCAAGGGGGGCCCACAGAAAAGUUUUGCCUUGAGGCACCAUAACAGGCUAAUCUGGACAUAGCUGCAGUAGUUAACAAAUGCACAAAUACGCUGCAGUGUAAAGCAGAGCUGCAAUGAUUAGUUACUUGUUAAAUGUUUUGAUGAUU